AAAAGGGAAAAAGGCCUGCAGGGAGAUUUUUCAUUAUCAACACAACAGUCCAUUUGCUCUCUCUCUUUCUCUCUCCCCCUCCAUCUUCUUCUCCUCUUCCUCCUCCUUCAGCCUUCAUCCUUCAUCUUCAACCUUUUUCUUUGAUCUUCGUCCUCUUCAAAAACCCUAACUUUGACAGUUAAGACCCCUCACUUAAAUGCUAGGGCUUUUAGCUUAGAAUUUCCAAAUAUUUUCCAUUUUAUUUUUGGAAUUUUUAUUUGGGGGGGCCUGCCAGGGGAAGGCCUAAAUGUUUGAGCCAUGGACUUGACUCCAACUCCCACAAACACCACCUCCAACACCACCAACACGGCCAGCACCAAGUCCCCGGAUCCCGAACCUGACACCCCUACCCGGAUCCAGCCCCUCGGGAAGCCCCUCUCUUUCACCAACGGCGUCCUCAAGCGCCACCACCACCACCAUCACCACGCCCCCCCGCCUCCCCCGGGCUCUGCUGCCGUCACCUACCGUGAAUGCCUCAAGAACCACGCCGCCAGCUUGGGUGGCCACGCCCUCGAUGGCUGCGGCGAGUUCAUGCCUUCCCCGGCCUCCAACGACGCCGACCCCACCUCCAUCAAGUGCGCCGCGUGCGGCUGCCACCGCAACUUCCACCGCCGGGAGCCGGAGGACGCCCCCCCGUCAUCCGCUCCUGCUGCACCGGCCACCCACGUGAUCGAGUACCAGCCCCACCACCGCCACCACCCCCCGCCCCCGCAUCCGCAUCCCCCUCCGCCGCGCAGCCCCGACUCCUCCUCCCCGCCUCCGAUCUCGUCCUCCUACUACGGCCACCCGGCCCACCCCCACCACCCCCACCACCCCCACCACCAUCACCACCACUCAGCCGCCCCGCACGUGCUCCUAGCGCUCUCCACCGCCGCUGCCCCCGAGAACUCCCACCCGCCCCCGUCUUCGGCUGCUGCGAUGGUCAGCCCUAUCGCGAGGAAGAGGUUCCGCACCAAGUUCACUCAGGCCCAGAAGGAACGCAUGUUCGAGUUCGCGGAACGAGUCGGGUGGAAGAUACAGAAGCGGGAUGAGGACAUCAUCCAAGAAUUCUGCCACGAAAUCGGGGUCGAGAGAAGCGUCCUCAAAGUGUGGAUGCACAACAACAAGAACACGCUCGGGAAGCGGUCGACCUCGUCCGAUCAUAACCUCAACAUCAACACCGCCGCCACCCCGACCGAUACCACCAACAACGACAACAACAUUAACAGCACCGAGAAUUACGACAUCCCGGCGGGCAGCCAAUUGUUGAAGAGCGAGGCACCAAAUGGAGAUGGUCAUCACCAUAACCAUCAUCACCACCAUAAUCGUCAUCAUGCCGGGACUAAUGGGUCUUGUUCUUCAUGAACAUCAUCAUCUUCAUCUUCAUCUCUUCUCUUUUGAUGGAUCCAUGCAUCUCCCGUUAAUAAGUGCUUAAUGUUAGAGGGUAGAGUUAAAAUGAUGGUUAUUAUUAAUCCCAAUCUCAGCUCAGUCCCUUCUUCUACUACUUCUACUACUACUACUACUACUACUUCCCCUUCUCUUCAUUUUUCUUGUUUCCUUUUUUUCCCCCCUUGAUUCAUUGUUGUCGAAUCAUCGGAUUAAAGUACUUGAGGUUAACUCGGAGAAAUUCGAUCCGGAAAAGGGUUUUUUUUUUUUUUUUUGGGUCUAAUCUUCAGUAGCUGGUUCUUGUGUUCACCUUCACCAUGACUGCUAUAUAUGUAUUAUACAUAUAUAUAUGUCUCAUUUUGUUCUAUGUAGCUAGCUGGUAGAGUUGGCAAAUUAAGGAAUGUUAGUGAUAAAUUAUGAGUGAGCGGACUAAUCUGAUUGAAUUUUUAUUUUGUGAUCUGAUCUUCUAAUUUGUCUGAAGGGAAGGAGCAGAGAUAAGGUGUCGGUAAUGCGGGGAUUGGGGCGGUUGCUUGAUUAAUUAAUUAAUUAUAUUAUCCUAAGCAGUUCACCAAA